AUGGCAUCGCCCCAGAUAAUCCUCUACACAAACCCUAAUUGCCCCUGGGCUCAGCGCGCCCACAUCGCCCUCAAAGAGCUCGGCCUCCUGUACGAAGAAGUCUUCAUUGACGUUGAGAAACCGCGCGAGGAAUGGUACCUGGCUAUCAACCCUGUACCUCUUCCUUUCCCUUCCCUUCCUCCUCCAGUCUCUACUUUUGUUAUCAUAUAUGAGCAUGAAAGCCAGCAACUAACCUCAGGAUCUCCGAAAAAUAUAAAGAAAGGCCUAGUCCCCACCCUCUCGUACAAUGGGACAAUCAUCACUGAGUCCGGGAUCGUCGCGCAGUUCCUCGCUGAUGCACAUCCUGCGCUGGAGACGGAGAAGGGGUCAAAAGCGGGACUACUCCUCCCCUCCAGCUCGCUCGGCGGCGCGAUUCAGCGUGCAAGGGUCUCCUUCUUCGUUGAUGCGUGGGUAUCGAAGGUAUACCCGGUCCUUGUAGGUAUCAUCAUGAACGGGGAAAGCCACCAGGCGAGCACGAAGGGGCUAGUUGAAGUAAUCAAGGAGAAGAUCGAGCCGUUGCUUGUAUCGACGACCAGUGACGGUGGAGAGAGGUUCUUUGGUGGCAGUGAGACUCUUACACUGGCCGAGGUGCUAGUGGGGCCGUUUCUGCUCUGGAUCUUUACAUUGGUGAAGACCGAGUAUGGAGUUCUGAGCGGGAAUCUGGUCUCUGCUUUGCGGGAGCGGGCGCCCGGGUUCGCGAGUUGGGGACCCAGAGUUGUAGCACAUGAGAGUGUAAGGCAUGUUUUGAAUGAGGAGUGGGUGGGGAGGAGUCUGAAGGAGAGGUGGGAGAGCGCUGUUGUUAAGAGAAAAGAGUGA